AUAUGUAAUAAUCAAUAUCUCUCUCUCUCUCUCUCUUCGCGUGUCUCUCUGAAAGAAAUUGUGAAGAAGUAGUAGUAGUAGUAGUAGGCCCCUGCCAUGCCAUGCCCUGCCCCCCACCACCACCCACUACCUUUUGGCCAUCAAUGCUCAUAUGACGGAGAGAUAACAUAGAGAACCUACCCUACCCAGCCCUCUCCCUCCCCCCCCCCCCCCCCCAACAUUUCCCAUAAUUAAAGUACAUUCUCACUUAUUUCUCUUCCAUUUUUUGCAUCCAUCUCUUUGGCAGAGUUCUUGAUGGGUCUGCUCAUUCUUUGGUGGGGCUGCAGCAGAUUUUAGUUGUUAGGUUGUCACAUCUCGAGUUUUACUAAAUAUCUGGGAUUGGCUUCUUUCCCCGAGAAGAUUUCUGGGUUUGUUGGAUCUUUGAGCUUCAAACAGGAUGGGAGCCGAAGAGAAGCCUGCAGAAAAUAGUAAGGAUCAUGAUCCUGCAGCUCCAUGUGGAGAAAGUACUGCUCUUCCUGCACCCGCCCAGGAGGCUGAAAGCUCGAACCAAAUAGAUGAAGAGACCCCGCAAGUGCAUCAAUGGAGGCGGCAGAACCUCUUCCUCGAGAUACCAUCGCGGACAGUGGGAGUGUCUUCUCAGGAUAGUGUCACUGCAGUAAAGGCACCGAUAACUCCGAGCCCCACACCCAGGAGAGUGAAUUUUCUCUUGACGCCGAGCUCCAGUGAAGCAAGAGCUAGCGGAUCCCCAGGCCCCUCCUCCUCCUCAUCGAGAGGCAAGUCGUCCAUCAGAGGUCUUCUCACGAAGCUGAGCUACAAAUACCGCAACUCGACUCCAACGGAUAUUGAGAAAGGUCCCGAGAUACUCCCCGAGGCUUCUUCAACCGCUCUCAGGGACAAGCCUUCCAUCUCUAGGUCACUGUCACUUACUAAGAUAUUCACUCCUCGAAUGAAGAGAACAUCUUCGCUGCCAGUAACUCCACUUGCUGGUUCCAAUCCUGGAUCUACACGCGAUGAAAGUGUUAGUGGCAGCUCAAAUUCUGAUAGGAAAGAAUCCCAGAGGAAGAUGUCUCGAUCACUAUCGGUCCCCGUCAACAACAAAGAAAGAAGCAUCAGAAGGAUGGAUUCUUUCUUCCGCGUGAUUCCUUCUACUCCUUGUGCGAAGGAAGGAGACACCAUCAUCGAUAUUUCACCAACCAUUGAUCCCGAAACCGGUGCUGAUGGGGAGGACAUACCCGAAGAAGAAGCUGUAUGCAGGAUUUGUCUCGUGGAAUUGAACGAAGGGGGAGAGACGUUGAAGAUGGAAUGCAGCUGCAAAGGAGAACUUGCACUUGCUCACCAAGAUUGCGCUGUGAAAUGGUUCAGCAUCAAAGGCAACAAAACAUGUGAUGUUUGUAGACAAGAAGUCAAGAACCUGCCCGUGACUCUGCUUCGGAUACAGAGUGUUCAGGUUAGGAACCGACCCAACAGAGUCCGGCAGGGAGAUCUCGCCCGAUACAGGGUAUGGCAGGAAGUUCCCGUGCUCGUAAUAGUCAGCAUGCUUGCUUACUUUUGUUUCCUCGAGCAGCUCUUGGUCGGGAAAAUGGGCACCGGUGCAAUCGCAAUAUCCCUUCCAUUUUCUUGUGUCCUUGGUCUCCUCUCAUCAAUGACCGCUUCCACAAUGGUGAAGAGCAGAUACAUCUGGGUGUAUGCUUCGAUUCAGUUCGCUCUGGUGGUUUUAUUUGCUCAUGUAUUCUAUUCUUUGGUCCAUCUACAAGCAGUGCUAUCGGUCCUGUUUGCCACAUUUGCCGGUUUCGGGGUCGCGAUGAGUGGGAGUUCGAUUUUGGUGGAGUUCCUGAGGUGGAGGAGGACAUGGAACAGUUCCUCUUCCUCCCAGCCACUUAUCUCUCAACUGGUCACCCGACCCGGUCAGUUCCCGCGAACUGCAAAUGCGCCGCCAGCUGGCCUGCCUCAGAGCCAGCCGGCCGAGGCAAACAGUUCGGAAACUAGCAGCAGGAGCUGAAUACGGUAUAGGCUUUGCUUGUGAAUUAGCUUGUGAUGGAAGAAAUCAUGCACUCUUCUGUUGCAGUAAAUUUUGGCGACUGUCGGGGAAUGUCCGUCUUGCUACUGUACCGGCCUAGUUAGAUAUCUCGAGUUGUAAUGGGCCGAGCAGUCAAAGCCCAGGAAGGAAUGGUUGUGGGCCGAAUCAAAGCCCAAUGAAUGAGCAACAAACAAGUGUCGGUAUGUCGUGCUAAUAUCGAAAUUCCAGUGGUUCCAUAUGGGCUCAUAAUCAUUUGAGGUGAUCGAACCAAUUGAAAGUGGAUAAGCAAUGGUCAUUUGAAAUGCAAUUAUUGUAGAAGCUCCCAUAAGCAAACGUGUCACUCCAUUCCAAGCGUCAUGUUUGUU